AUGUAUUCUGAUUUGGAAUGUGAUUAUAUCAAUCCAAUUGAAUUAUGUAACAAGUUGAAUCCAUGGUUCAUUCCAGAAGCUGCUAUUCAUGGCUUUCUUACAACCUUGUUCUUAGUCAAUGGCUAUUGGUUUCCCUUAUUGUUGAACUUGCCAUUGUUAGCCUACAAUGUAAACAAGUUCUUAAACAGAAACCAUUUAUUAGAUGCAACUGAGAUUUUUAGAACCUUAUCCAAGCAUAAAAAAGAAUCUUUUAUUAAAUUAGGGUUCCAUUUGUUGAUGUUCUUCUUUUACUUGUUUAGAAUGAUUAUGGCGUUGGUCGCUGAUGAAAGUUAA